AUGUCCCGUGAAAGAUCAGACAAGGCGGCUGGCGCAGAGCCCACCGUUUGCUCAAAUUGUGGGACGAACACGACGCCGCUCUGGCGCAGGAACAGCGGCGGGGAUACAAUCUGCAAUGCCUGUGGUCUGUAUGAAAAAGCGAGGAGGACUGCGAGACCCGUCCCAGAUAGCGUCAAGGCUGCAGCCGCACGCGCAGCGACCCCCGCAGUGGAUUCUGGACCGUCUUCGACGACGACGACGAGCCAGGGAGGUCACAUGACACAUCAUGCAAGAGGAACAUGUCCUGGAGAUGGUCGCUGUGAUGGAACGGGCGGCUCGUCUGCGUGUGCAGGUUGUCCGACGUUUAACAACACUCAUGGGGCGGCGUCCAUCACGACUCGUAGCAGCAGCACUGCAAAUCAUCAGCCCUCGAGAGCACACAGUGCAGCCCCCAAGCAGCGCACUGCGUCCCCAGGCUCGGAAGAGUCACCCGAUCUCGAUGGACCGGGCUCGACUAGCACGCCAAUGGCAGGAGGUCAGCAGACGAAUACGAACACCGAGUACGGAACAACAAAUCAACUAUCUCCAGAAGACGACGAUGGUUCUAACGCGUUGAACAUUCGAUUCAGGGCAAGAUUUGCUCCCGUCGGCGCCAUGAGUUGCGCCAAUUGUGGGACGAGCGCGACCCCGCUCUGGAGACGAGACGAUAUGGGCAGCACGAUUUGUAAUGCAUGCGGUCUCUACUACAAGCUACACGGCGUCCAUCGCCCAGACUCAAUGAAAAAGACGGUCAUUAAGCGAAGAAAACGCGUGCCAGCUGCUGCCGCCGCGGCUGCUGCCUCGAAAUCCUCCGGCGUCAAUGGUCACCCCUCAGGGCCAGACGGAAAAACUCCUGCACCCGCCACCGAGCCUCUAGCGCAAGUACCGGGCCAAACGGUCGACCAACAUCAUCACCACAAUCUCCCCGCUUCAACCUCUACCUCUUCCUCCGCGCCGCCUUAUCAACACCACCCUAGCCUCCAGCACACUCCUCUUGACCCCUCCCACAUGCUCAUGACCGAAAGAGCUGCCGCAGAGGCCCUCGUGGCUGUCGGCCGCGCUGAGAGGCGUCAUCCCAUCACCAAUGGCCACCACCCAGACAGUGCUGGACGCUCCGAUAGAGCUUACAAUAGCAACAACAACAACAACUCGUCGACACCGCUUCGAGGACGGAGUCCAGACGGCUGGAAUGAUGGUGAACCAAAGCGCAAACGGCAGAGAAAGGGUAUCGACGGGCCUGUGCACGAUGAGCGUCGUUCCGAGGAUUUCGACAUGGAUGCCCCCGGCGCUCCUUCCUCUCGACCAAACGCUCCAAACGGACCUCCUCUGCACCCUAACGACCACUCGAGUGCCCGAGGUAAUGGCCAUCCUCGAAAACGGGAGAGCCCGAGCAACGAGUCCAUCGGAGGUAACGCACGCUUAUUUGACAAGGCAAACGGCAGCAGCCACCAAACCGGCGGCGGCACUCCCCGUCCAUCGACCAUUGCACCCCCACCGCCUUCGGAGCGGUUAGAAACGACAACAUUAACGUUAUCAAACUCAGUUGUUGGUCGUGGUUUGAGUAGGAGCGGAACACCGGUCGACCUGAUCAACACGCGAGAUAGCCAUCCACCCCCGAUAGCCUCGCGUUCCCAAUCGGUUCCACAGCCCUCCACCAAUAAUCCACUGCCUGCCCCUAUCCCACAUUCGCACUCGACCCCGGUUUACCCGCACCGUCAUGCAUCGGACCAUCCCACGUCACAAUCACAUUCUCGCCUGUCCCCACCAGAACUCAACUCUCGGCACCCCAACCCGAAUCCAUCGACUCAACACGCUUAUAGUAGUCGCAACAGUUAUGGACCCCCUGGUUCGUCAGGGUCGGAUGGCAAAAAUGAGAAUGGGAAGCGCAGCCGGCAGAAUAUGGACCUUCCCCCUUUGGCGGACAUACAAGCCGAGAUUGGAAGAGACGAUGACAUGCGUCGAUAUGCAGGUAGAAGACCGUCUUGGACGCCCAAUGUCGCUUACGAUGAGGCUCGGAACCGAAAUGGCAACAAUAACGUCCACGGUCCUAACACGUCCCCACCACCUUUGCUCUCGACCCCUACUUCGUUGAGUAAUGGGCACAGUAGCAAAGCGCAUCUUGGUCCAAACGGAAUCUCGAGUCCACGGUUGCCGCCCAAGGACGAGCACAUGGACUAUACCCCUAAUGGCCAUCGAAGUUCGAAUGGGUACCCAGAUUCUCGACCUCCAUCUGCAAACCUGAAUCAAACCUUUUCGCACGAGGGUCCGAGCCAUCACCAUCAGCAUUCUCACAGCAGCCACCCAUCGAGCCGACACACUCAUUCACCCGAGGUCCACCAGCGAAGCGGCGGGUACUAUUCCCGUUCAGAACAAGCAGCAGCACCCACAACGUAUUCUCCACACCACCCACCUCCACUGACACCACACUCUCGUCCAUCGAGUCGCGUGCAAUCCCCCGUGAUGUCGCUUCGAGAACUCGAGGUGCAUUACCACGAACUGCGCACGCAGCGCGCGAUUUGGGAAGACUUGAUGGAUAAGACGGAUAGGUUGUUGGAAAAUGUACGUCGGGAAAUCGAUGUUGCGCGCGAUCGUGAGCGUACACCAGCAUCGGUCCCGCUUCCAGAACGUUCGAGCAUCAAGAGUGGUGGUGGUGGCAAAGAGCGUGUGUGGGCGUGGUCCGCCAAUGGUGCCGACAAGUAG